AUGCAUCGAUUCUUUAUAUUUUGCUGUUUCUUGCAAGUCUCUUCUUCUUAUGUGAUAUUCAAUGGAACAGUUCGGGCUCAAAUUAUCAAUCUUCACAACACUUUCCGCUCAAAUCUAGCUUUUGGUAAGCAAGUUUGGAUUGGGAAAAGCAAAAACUAUCCGAAUGCGAGUAGAAUGUUUUGGCUGAAAUGGGACGAUGCAUUGGCAACGUCAGCUGGGAAAAGAGCCGCCUCAAAGGUGAUUCAAAAUAAUGAAGGGAAACUGACGGCUGCAAUCCCGGCUGGAGUCGGUGAGAAUCAUUAUGGAGUCGAGUUUGCAUCGGUUGGCACAAAUCUUCCACCAACGUCAAUGUUCCAAAAAGCCUGGCAGGAUUGGAACAGUUACUGGAUGAUUUUUGGUCUUCCUUCAUUGACUUACACUCCAUCAACCGAUCCGAUAAACGAUCAUGACAAGGAGUCUUCCUAUCAGCUGUUUACCGGGAACACCUACGCGGUCGGUUGUGCUUAUCAAAUCGUGACACCAAAUCUGGGUGGAUAUGUGGUCGUUUGUCACUACAGGAACAAAGGUUUAAACGCAAACACGCCCGUCUACGUGGUCGGCACAACGUGUUCUCAAUGCCCGGCUGCCACAUCGACUUGCAAUGCUGUCAAGGGACUCUGUGUGAUGAAU